AUUGCAGUAGAUGGGCACACAGAAGGUGCCUCCCCCACUGGGUACAGCCCCCUCCAAAGAGCCACACCUGCCAUGCUCUGCAGGGAACAGCCCCCCCAGCAGCCCCACACACCUCCCUGUGUGCAGUCCCAGCCAUUGAGCUGCAGAGCUCCUCCCAGCUCUGUUCACCGGGGCAGCGUUGCAAUCUUAACCACAAGGUCCUGGCAGUGGGUACUUCAGUGGCACUAAUGAGCUUAGCCAGGCUCCUGGUACACGCACAGCUCUGUGCCAGGAGCCCAGAGGAGCACUGCAGAUACACUCUGUCCAUCAGAGGAAAGCGCAGGUUCUGUGUGAGCACGCACAGGAGCAAACCAGGACACAUCAAGCCACUUUGUUCAGCUACCUUCCCACUCUCCCAGCUACCUUCCCCCUUCUCGUUCCUCCUACCUCUUCUCAGAGGGCUGCACAUGCAAUGCUUUGACCACUGGCUCAGGGUAACUGCUGUACAGGACAGAGCUCCUUGGAGCUGGGCAGCAAAGAAAGAAGAAAGCAGUUCCUUACUUUCUACCAGCCCAUCCAGUUCAUCAUCUGCAGCCUGCAGCUGAUCUGCCAAGCACCCAGGGAGACUGUCACUGUGCCUUCCUGCAGGGGACAGCAGCCAUGCACCCACCCAGGGCCCACUCCUCACCUCUCUGGAAGCUGCACACACACUCAGAUCCCUGCCUCACUCCCCUUUCUGGAGGUUUCUCCUCCUAGGCUUGAGGAAGACAGCAACAAAGAGGCAGCUGGGAUGUGGGAGGGCAGUUAUAAAGUGUCCCAUCCCUCCCCCAACAAGCAGUGAGGCUCACCUGUGCCUGCUCCUUCACCCUGUUAGCAGGGAGCAGCUCCAGCUGUGCCAGUAACGUCCCUGUGGAGCCGAGCGACCUCUCCGUGGGACAAAGCAUGAAAUCCCUAUCUGAAACUCAAAUGGCAGCCUUCGUCCUGCUCUCCUGAGAAUUUUGCAAUUUUAUUUUCCCUUUUUUGUUAAAAAAAGAAAGAAAGAAGGAAUGAAAUCCACGGGACCCACACAGACCUCUGCAGGCGUCACAGCGGGCGCUCAGCUUCCCCUCGGGUCAGCUCAGCACCGCUGGCCGCUGUGACCCCAAAGGCCACGCAACACCUACAGGCAGCAAGCUCCCGGGCACCCACCCGCAGUGCCUUCCCCAUCAGCCACGGGCACACUCCCAGCACUGCUCCCAUGGCCCUGGCAGCAUCAGCAGCACCAGCGAGGGGCCUCUGAGCCGUGGUGUGCCCAGCUGCCCCCGGCCCUCGGGCACAUCUGCUCAUGGGGUGACAGCGGGGUUCUGCCGGUGCCCAAUCAACUGCAUCAGCUCUAAGUGCAGAUUAGCAGUGUCUUCAGGUAGAGCGGCCAAAGGUAACGUUCUUUAUCUGUGCCUCAUGUUCCGUAGAUACUGAAUAUCAAAAUGCGCCUCGAAGCACUCCUAUUACUAAGUAUUCCUCAGAGAUUAGAGCAGUGCUUUCUCCUCAGUACCCUCUUCUCUUCCCAGUAGAGCAGAUGGACAUGAUAUCUUAUCAGGACCUUCCCAUGUGCUGUUCGCCAGUAAUAGCACGGGGACUUAUUGACCCACCUCAGAUUGGCACGUGGAAUAUUUAGGGCUACUCCCGAGCUGGGCAGGCAAUAACAUCUUUAUCAUGGAGCCCUUUAACCCCUCGGUGCCUGGCAGGCCCCUAUGUCCUCACGGAGAGGACAAUACUGGGCGGAUGCUCAGGGGUACCAAGGCCAGGAAGGGAGAGCCACGGGCAGCACGACUCAUCUCCCACCUCACGCUGGGAGAGGACACGUCGGGGUAUGAGUCCAGGCAGAUCUGGGGACCAAAGGAGAUGGUUGUGCUCGGUGAAGCAGGGGAAUGGCACGGCACUUGGGUAGCAAGGCAGCCAAGGAAUACAUCCGGAACCUGAGCAGAGAGGGAGAUGAGCAAAGACACAAACGUUGAGAGUUCAGGCCCUGGGGACCCAUGUCAAUCUCUGUUACAUAAGCCUAGAAGAGCCUUAAACUUGGUUUUGCUGAGAAAGGAGUUGUCAGCAAUGAUAAAACCCCGCAGAAGUCAUAAAAAUUACAGACAGUGAUAAAACGGGACGUCGCCACAAUGAAGCUUCGCAGCAGGCGGUGGGACCGGGGCCUGCACUGCGGCAUGGAGGGGUCCCCAUGGAGUGGGGACAUGGGCUGCCAGCACAUGGUGACAAUGUCCUCCUUCGGGCUGCCCCGUCCUGUUCCAGCACAGCCCACCACCUCGUCCUGCUUGUGGCAGAACACUCAUCCACCCUCCAGCAGCAGGAAGAGCCUCACACCCCAUCCACAAGCAGGCGGCACUGCGGAUGGAGGAGGCAGAUGUGGUGUUGCAGGUGGAAGUCCCAGCUAAUCCACUCCAUCCAGACGAAAACAAAGAGGCUCCUUCUGACACGAAGUUCUGGCUGAAGCCCUGCACCUGAUCAGCUAUUGCAAGAUUAGAUAAGAGCUGAACUUAGUCCCCUCCUGCAUAUAUUAACGCGAGCUCUGGAUGUCUGCGCUACCCCUCCUCAAGGGCGAGAUGAUGUUCCCUUCCCUGGCGCUGCUGUUUGCUGCCCUCCCUAUAGCAGGAGGCAGCCCCGUGCCGCACGCACCCGGACAUGACAAACUCCUCCUGGUGUCCUUCGAUGGCUUUCGGUGGGACUACGACCAGGACGUGGACACCCCCAACCUGGACGCGAUGGCUGCGGAAGGGGUGAAGGCGCGGUACAUGACCCCUGCCUUCGUCACCCUCACCAGCCCGUGCCACUUCACGCUGCUGACCGGGAAAUACCUGGAGAAUCACGGGGUCGUCCACAACAUGUGGUUCAACACCAGCACGGGGGUGAAGCUGCCCUAUUACAGCACGCAGGGCAUCGACAGCUGGUGGGACAACGGCAGCCUGCCCAUCUGGAUCACGGCGCAGAGGCAGGGUUUAAAGACAGGCUCCAUCCAUUUCCCCGGGACAAAAGCGAAGUAUCAAGGGGAAGAAGUGAACAUGAAGCUGGUGGAGCCCCCCCUGUUCAACUACAGCAACGAAACAAUCUGGAGACAGAACAUUGACACCGUCAUGGAAUGGUUCACAGUGAACAACCUCGACUUCAUCACUCUCUAUUUUGGCGAGCCAGACUCAACAGGACACAAGUACGGCCCCGAAUCCACGCAGAGGAGAACCAUGGUCAGCCAGGUGGACAGAACCAUCGGCUACUUAAGGCAGCGGAUCAGGGAAAGCGGCUUGGAAUCAAACCUCAACCUCAUCAUCACAUCCGACCACGGCAUGGAGACGGUCAUAAAGACCAACGAGAUCCACCUCCGGAACGUAGAGAACUUCACGUUCAGUGACAUCCAGUUUGAACUCUUAGAUUACGGACCCAACGGGCUACUGAUACCAAAAGAAGGAAAAUUAGAGCACGUGUAUUCAGUCCUGAAAAAUGCCCACCCGAAGUUACACGUCUACAAAAAAGAAGAGUUUCCAAAGAGAUUCCACUAUGCCAACCAUCCCCGGAUCACCCCGCUCCUGAUGUACAGCGAUCCGGGAUAUGUGAUCCACGGGAGAUACAAGGUGCAGUUCAACACGGGGGAGCACGGCUUUGACAACGAGGCCAUGAACAUGAAAACCAUCUUCCGCGCCGUGGGGCCGGCCUUCAAGCAGGGGCUCCUGGUGGAGCCCUUCGAAAGCGUCAACGUCUACGCGCUGCUCUGCGAGCUGCUGGGCAUCGCGCCCGAGCCGCACGACGGUUCCCUGGACGCCACGAGGCCGAUGCUGCGUGAGUGCCCCGCGUCCCCCCGAGCCCCGACGGCGCGGCCGCCCCGAGCCCGGCAUUGCCGCACGGACAGCGCCACCUAG